GAGAAAGAUCAUUCUGCAUCUUCUAUAUGGAGAGAAAAAUAUGCUCUUGCUUUGGUUUGUACAAAAAGUUCAAGCCACAUUUGCUCAUGAUUGCAUCUCAGAUUGGCUAUACCUUAUUGUAUUUCAUCACUGAAGCUUCCUUCAACCAUGGGAUGAAUCCUCAUGUUUAUGUAACCUACAGGCAUAUUGUGGCUAGCCUAGUUAUGUUUCCUUUUGCUUACUUCCUUGAGAGAAAGAUGAGACCAAAGAUGACAGUGACUUUGUUCCUGGAAAUUUUUGUGCUUUCUAUGCUGGGGGUAAGUUUGACUCUGAACAUUUACUUUGCAAGCCUGAGAUAUAUCUCUCCAACCUUUGUUGCUUCCAUGCUCAACACCAUAGCUUCCAUCACCUUCAUCAUUGCGAUUGUACUCAGGUUGGAGGUUGUUGAUAUUUUUCAUCCAAGAGGUGUAGCAAAAGUUCUUGGAACUUUGUUAUCACUCGGUGGUGUAAUGACUAUGACACUAUACAAAGGACCUGCUAUAAGGAAUUUGGGGCAUUAUCCUCUAUUUCAGAUUCAUGGCAACUCUGCUGCUCCUAUCCAUGAAGACUGGUUAAAGGGUUCAAUUCUCAUUGUCUCAAGCUGCAUAACAUGGUCUGUUAGGUUCAUUAUGCAAUGACUUUGAGAAGAUAUCUUGCUCAACUAUCACUCACAGCCUGGAGUUGUUUUGUUGGAGCAGCACAAUCAGCUAUUUUCACUGUAAUAGUACAACACAACCAUCAGCUUGGGUCAUAGGCUUAAAUAUUGAUCUCUAGUCCACCAUUUAUGGUGUAAGUUCAAUACCAGACCUCAUAUAUCUCACUUUAUUUAUGUUUAAUUGCAUCAAUGAUAAUGAUUAUUGGUAGGGAAUUGUCACUUCUGGGUUGUUAGUCUUCAUCAACUAUGGUGAACAGAGCAAAAAGGGCUAGUUUUUGUCACUAUAUUUAACCCACUCUCUAUAGUGCUAGUGGCUAUUUUAGCAUACUUUGUCUUUGGUAAGAAACUUUAUUUGGGUAGGUAUGUAACAAUUCCUCACUCAUCUUUUUUUUUUCAAAAGAAAAACAAAGUGAUGAGUCAAUGUUUUAAGCCACACUAUUCAUAAACCAUAAAUAAUACAUCUUACUUCAUCCUUCGUGUGAUA